AGAAACUCAACACUCUUACAUGCAUAUCUGAUAUCGUCGCGAUAUAUUGUUCGCUCGGUAAACAUUUACUAACAUUUCUUCAGUGGGAUCGUCGAAGUUAGCUCAUAGAACAUAAAAUUUGUCAGCUGUAUAAUACAAUUCACAAUAUUAAAAACCAUGCGUCAGACAAUUUAACAAACAACCUAUUUUGUAUUAUUACCGAGAAUCAUUUGCUUUCGUUUAAAUUACCUGUACAGAUCGUUCUCAAAAAGUUUCCCAUAUAAACAAUAUAUUUUCAUGUCAGUGCAAAACAGUCAGGUGAACCAGAUAGAACAAAUUAGUUGAGUUUCUGUGAAAUGUAGCUUAAUUAAGCCAUACCAAAUAUACGACUUCAUAGUUUCGAGUUUCGAUGAUUUAAGGCAUUCAUUUCAUUCUUAUCUUUCGUUUUGUACUUUUGUUAAUGUAAUCGUUAUACAUAGUAAAAACGUAUCGUGCGUGCUUUUAUUCAACCAAUAAACGGAUUGUGAUAUUAUAUGCUUCAGUACUUAUUCACAUAUCGACUGGUAAGUGACUGUGAACAUCAGAAAAAAUUGGUUCAAGUGAAAUGUGUCUAUGAGUGAAAUUCCUUUGAACGAAUAAUUUAAAUACAAAAAAUAAAAUCUCUCGGGACUUAAUUUCAUUGUCAAAGCAGUGCAUUUUAUUCUGUCAAUUGUUAUACCGUCGUGCUACAAAUGUCUUGCUGAGAGCAGUAAGUGGAAUUUAUUUUUAAACGCAUGUUAAAUUAACUGUUAAUGUGAAGAAUUCAACGAAGAAAAAAAUCCCGUUGAAACUACAAAAAAUCACCGACCGUUUCCAGAAUAAAACCGGGAAGACGGGCAGAACAAAAUCGAACAAAUCAAAACGAUAAAUAUAUCGGUCAUAUCUCUCGGUCCUAAGCAGCUAACUUAAUCAUAUUUACGAUCACCAUGAGAAUAACAAACACAGAGAAAGCAACAGAUGUGUGGGUUACAUCAGAUCGAAAGCAAGCGGUCAAAUUGCGUAUUGGUAAAGGAGGAAACGAUGGCAUCGAAGCCAAGUCAAUACCGGAAAAUUUCAAUCGUACAGUGGAAAAGUAUGGCAAUGUUGUUGCAAUGAAAUACAAAAAAGGAGGAACUGACUGGCAAAGCGUUACUUACAGUCAAUAUCGGGAAAAGUCACUUCACAUCGCCAAAGCAUUUAUCAAAUUAGGCCUAGAAGCACACAACUCUGUCGGCAUAUUGGCUUUCAAUUCACCGGAAUGGUUUUACUCGGAAUUGGGAGCCAUUCAUGCUGGUGGCAUUGUGGCUGGCAUUUACACGACAAAUAGUCCAGAAUCUGUGUACCAUGUGCUGCACAGUUCUCAUGCCAAUAUCGUGGUUGUGGAUGACUCCAAGCAAAUGGAGAAAAUUCGUCAGAUUAGACAUCGAUUACCUCUACUGAAGGCUGCUAUUCAAAUAGAUGCUCCCUAUGAGCCGUGGAUGAAAAGAGAAGACGGAUACUAUCGAUGGUCCGAACUGGAGGAAAUGAAUUUGGAUGAGUACAACGAUACGCUGCAGGAACGAUUGGAUAACAUUCACAUCAACGAAUGUGCUGUGUUGGUGUACACAUCUGGUACAGUGGGUCAACCGAAGGGAGCUAUGUUAAGCCAUGACUCGAUCACUUGGAAUUCUGCCGUUGUCGGUAGUCGUCUGGACGACGUUAAAUACGGGUCCGAAGUACUCGUCUCUUAUUUACCGUUGAGUCACAUCGCCGCACAAUUGGUCGAUAUUCAUGUGUCGAUUACAUACGCAGCUACCGUGUAUUUUGCUGAUAAGGAUGCAUUGCGAGGAACGCUGGUCAAUACUUUACGCGAAGCGCAACCAACUCGUUUCGUUGCAGUGCCUCGCGUUUAUGAGAAAAUCUACGAAAAAAUGAUGGAAAUCGCUGCUAAAACGACUGGCAUCAAGCGGAUCAUUGCUGAUUGGGCUAAGGGUGUGACGUUGGAACAUUGGUUGAGUGUAAUCGAUGGCAGGCCGUCUGAAUCGUAUCAAUACAAGUUUGUGCGGCAGUUUAUCAUGUCAAAGAUCAAGGAAGGAUUGGGAUUCGGACGGUGUUCGAUAUUUGCGAGUGCAGCGGCUCCGAUGUCGUCGGAUUUGAAGCGAUAUUUCAUGAGCGUUGAUCUACCCAUUGUUGAAGCUUUUGGUAUGUCCGAGUCGAGUGGGGCACAGUGUUUCGGUGGUCCCGACGACUUCAAUUUGGAUUCGAUUGGCAAACCGCUACCUGGCACUGAAACACUCAUAAUCAACAAAGAUGAAAACGGUCAUGGUGAGAUUCUUAUGCGAGGUAGACACAUAUUUAUGGGUUACAUUGACGAGCCUGAAAAGACUACCGAAACUAUCGAUAAUGAUGGCUGGCUCCACAGCGGCGAUCUUGGCUAUUUGGACGAAAAAGGAUUCCUAUACAUCACAGGUCGUUUGAAGGAAUUGAUUAUAACGGCAGGCGGAGAAAACAUUCCACCCGUUCACAUUGAACACUUGGUGAAAAAUGAAUUGUCAACCGUAAGCAAUGCGUUCCUCAUCGGCGAUAAGAGAAAAUACUUGACCAUGCUGGUCACACUGAAGACUCAAAUGGAUUUGGAUUCCGGUGCACCGUUAGAUGAACUGCAUCCGGAAACAAUUGCUUGGUGCAAGUCGUUAGGUGUUGCUCACACGAAAUUAUCGGAAAUUCUGGCAGCGGGCCCGUGUCCAAAGGUUUUCCAAGCCAUCACCGAUGGAAUCACAAGAGCCAACAAAAAUGCUAUUUCCAACGCCCAGCGAAUUCAAAAGUUUGCAAUUUUGCCGCACGAUUUCUCCGUACCGACUGGUGAAUUAGGUCCGACACUGAAGGUCAAACGGAAUGUGGUCGUUCAAACGUAUGCUGAUGUUAUCGAAAGUUUGUACGCUUAAACGGGUUUUAAGAAAAGAAAAAUGUUUUGCUUUAAAUUGAACGAAAUGGUGCAGAUCCUAUAAAUGUAAAUUUUUGUUGUUUGUUUGUUGAACUGGUGAACCCAUUGUUGUGGAACCGAAAUGACAGACAAACCGAACUGGAUACCAAAUUUAUUAGUUAAGUGGGUUGUGCGAAAAUGUGUGGAGGGUCGGUAAUUAUUUGUGUCGAAGAGCACAAACAAGAGCAAAUUUGCCAAUAUUUUCAUUGGUAAGUGGGAAUUUAUUUUCUUCUUCUUCUUUCUAUUUUUUGUUAUUUACUUGGUAAUUUAUGUUUAAACUUCGUUAAGUGACAAACUAGACUGGCUGUCGAUUCUCUUAAAGAAACACCACAACAGGAAGAAAUAUUUUUGUAUCAAGCAAAGGCGCACAUUUCUUUGUACAAUUUAUUCCAAUAAAAUGAAAAUUAUUUUUAUGAAUGUUAAUA